AUCAACAGACAAGUGGCUGUGGUACCCACACAACAGAGAACUUUGGAGCCGGACAGCAGAGCAUGUGUGGAGAUGUACUUGGCUAAACUAGAACAGGAAGUUGCCAUGAAGGAGCAAGAACUGUUCCAGGAGCGGGAACGUUUAGAGAGGAAACGCCGAGAAUAUGCUGAUACGGAGCCAGAUGGCAGAGGAUGCAGACACAAGCAGCCAACAAGAACAGCUGGUGCUGGGCAGGUCAAGGCCAGCCACUCCAAGAGCACAGAUGUACAAGCAGAGACAGGGAUGUUGCCAGUUGGAGCUGACCCUGUACCUGGCAAUGCAAGAGAUGCUGGCAUUCGCUGUCAAAGUCCCAAGGUUAAGGACAUUGUGAAGAAACUUGAUUACUCCCUGAACUCCGACACGGAAAGUGAUGCAUCAGCAGAGCCAGAAAAACGGAACACACUCAGCAAACGGGACACACACAGCACUCAGAAGAAACACAGCACCCCUCCAGCUUCAUCAACAGUCAGCACUGUUGUUCCACAAGUGACCAACCUGCCACAGAGGACUGAUGCUAGCACAAGUGUUUCUUUUGCCCACAUGUCAAGGAUCCCAACUGAGAGACCAUCCACAAGUUUGAAAUGUUCGACUGGCACAGAAAUGACACCCAGGAGGACAACAGACUAUAGGGCUGGGUCCGAACCUUCACCACAGAUAUUAGAGGAUGAAAGACCGAAAAUGUCCAAGGACAGGAGUGACAGAACCUAUACAGCAGAUCACGGUUUUAUUGUACCAGAGGAAGAAACUCUUUCCGAUGUGGAAAUCAUCAACCUCCUUUCUCAGCAGACACUGGUCGCUAUGUCUCAGCGGGGUCAGAUGUCACGGUCACAGAGCAAGGUUACAGAUCCGCACAGUGUCAACUUGAAAACAGUUACAUCCACACUGAGUUCCCAGCAACCUUGUGUCAACUUUCUGCAGAAGUCUCCAACUGUGAUAGACAAAUUCCACUCUACCCAAGCUUUGAGUCCACCAAUGAAAUCCAAGCCGGCCUAUCUGGAACCAGAAACAGAUGCUGUGCUGGAGUUGUUUGAGGUGAAGAGGCCUCUCAGGGAUUCGAGCAGCCGGCAGCAGUGCCUGGGAGAUGUGCUGGGCCGUGAGCAGGUGACCCAGCCUGGCUGUAAGCUGGGGGCUGCUGGCAGGAAGCUGGAUGUCUCCGAGAUUGUGGACGAUGCAAGAUCUGGGGACGAUGAUGAGCAUGACAUGCUGGACGAUGAGGUGAGUGUGGAGAAGGUCAUCCAGAUUCUCAACUUCUCCAACAGAGAGGAUGUGAGCCCUCCUCAGAGAUCAGCUGAUGUCAGUGGCAAUGUUGCUGCUGUAGGUACCCAGGCUGUUGCCUCUGGUAACUCAGAAAUCAGGGACGAGGCUGAAGAUAAUAUUCUAGAGGUAUUUUUUGUGCGGUUGUGA